AGAACAUAUAAGAACGGAAAAAAAAAAUUAAAGAGAGAGAGAGAGGAGACUACACUGCUCCAUCGUCUUCUCCUUCUGGGAAUAGUUUUUGGAAAACAUCGGUCUGGUUCCUUCUUCUUCUUCUUUUUUGCAUAACUCAAACCCUAACCCUAAUUUUCUGAAUCGCGGAGGUUUCGUCGGAUUCUUUCACCGCUAACUCUUUUUUUGGGGGGUAAUCGAUAAUCAUUUAUUAAGAUACUGUCGAUCGGAGCUCAUCGACUCUCUAACAAACCCUAAUUUUUUUGUCCGCUGAUGAUGGCGCCCGCCACUCCCAAUAACUCCAGCUCUUCUUCCUCCUCUCCUCGUCAAAUUAGCGACAAUCACGGCAGCCCUACCGCUGCCGCUGCACAAUCGCGCCGUCCGUCUCGGCAGGUUUCCUCUCCGUGGACUCAAAUCGUCCGCGGCGAUUCGGAGCCGACGAUCGCCGCCGCUCCUGCCUCCCCUAAACCGAAGGCCCCGAUCGAGCCGAUUGCUUCUGCAUCCGUGGCUCCACCUGCUUCUCUUUUGACGGUGGAGGCGGCCGCUGGAGACGAGAAAUCGGAGGAAUCUGGUGGUCAGGGAAAUGUCGGAAAGAAACCAGUUUGGAAAACGCCGUCUAAUGGGGCUUCUGAGGUCGGAGCUGUCAUGGGAGCUUCGUCGUGGCCUGCUCUUACUGAUUCCACCAAAGCUCCUUCGAACAAAUCUUCUUCUGAUUCAUUAAAAAGUCUCGGUGAUGUACCAUCUUCAUCAUCAUCUGCCCCCGUUUCUCAGGGGAUCGCAAGUGUUUCUGUUCCUGCACCAAAGCAAGCUGUCCGUGCAACCCCUAAUCCAACACCAAAUCACUCGCGCCAGAGAUCAUUUAAACGGAAUGGAUCCUCUGGAUCCGCUGCUAAUGGUACUGUUUCUCAACCAUCAGCCCAGGGUUCACAUGCCGAAUUGACUUCGCACAACCCUUCUCCUAGAGGUCAAAACCAGAAGAAUGGCUUUGGAUCGCACAGCAAUGGCGGUUCUGACAACCUAUCACAACGAGACUCGUACAGGAACCAAAAUGGUAAUCAUCACCAAAGUCAUGGUGGCAGGCGCAAUCAGGAGCACGGGAAUCAAAACUGGAAUUUCCAGAGAAGCUUUAAUGGGAGAGAUGGGAACGCACAACCACAAAGAGGCACUCCAGGAUAUGCAAGACAUGCACCCCCACCUGUGCAGCCAAUUCCUCCUCAGUUUAUGGCAGCUCAGCCUAUUCAGCCUUUUGGCAGUCCUGUGCCCUUCCCUCCUGAAUUGGCAUCGCCAUAUUAUUCCCGUGUGCCUUUCAUCACACCUCUUGCACCUGCUUCCGUCUUCUACCAUGUCCAUGAUCCUCCCUUGAACAUAAAACUACAAAAGCAAAUACAUUAUUAUUUUAGUGAAGAGAAUUUGAUUAGAGACACAUACCUUCGUGGGCACAUGGAUGAUCAGGGUUUUGUUCCGCUACGUGUGAUUGCUGGUUUCAAAAAGGUUGCGGAACUUACAGAUAAUAUUCAGCAAAUAGUGGAGGCUCUGCAAAAUUCACCUUUUGUUGAAGUGCAGGGUGACAGAAUAAGGAAGCGCUAUAAUUGGCAGCAUUGGUUGCUUCCUAGAGGGAGUAACUCUGCGGUUUCGAGCCCACAAUCAGUGGAUGCAGUAGCAAGCCGAGUAGGAAAUUUGUCGCUUGGUCAGAGCUCGACGGAUCCAAUGGGUGGUGGCUCAAGCAAUCAGCUGCAACCUGCUGUACCAGAAAAGAAGACUGUUUCAGAUGGUCUGCAACAGUCUUCUGGUGUUGAUCCACUGAGCAACCGCAAUGGCUCAGACGGCGGAAGCCGUUGAACCAUCAUCUUUGGGGCUGGUGGUUAGUGUGGACGUGAACUAUAUUAUUUUGUCCUGCCCAAAAUCAGGAAAAACAAUAAUGAAGGGGAAUCAACAAAAAAAAAAAAAAGGUAAGGCAUAAAACCAAAAAGAGAGAGAGAGAGAGACACUCAUAUGAAAACAGAAAGAAGAAAAAAAAGGAAUCAAACAUUUAUGAUUCUUCUAGCUAGCGGAAACUUUGGCAUAUUUAUGGGUUUUUUUUUUUGUUGUUGUUGGUUUUGGUUAUUUUUGGAUGCUAAUAACUUUUUUUUUUUUUUUUUUUAUGUUUAUGCAACUUUGCUACAUACCCAAGGAUGGUUGCUUGUAACCAUUGUUAUGUAUGGUCUGGGAUUUAUCGGUUUUUAUCGGUUUUGCUUGCUAUUACCCUCUUCACCCUUUAACUUAUUACUUUUGUUCCUUUUCAAAAUCUCG